AGGGCGUUUGAGUUUGUUGUCCUCCAGUUUUUGUUCCUUGUGAUUGUGUCGUCCUUGAUGUUGGUUUAGCAUUUUGUUCUUGCGGCCUCGUCCACCUCCACUCGGACUUUUCAGAUGUUGAAGUAAGUAAGUCUCCGAUGGGGUUACUUUUCAAUUCCAUUCCUAUUUUAUUCCCUUGUGCUGCUUCUGGUUUAGGAUUGAUAAUUACAGAGCUGCGAGGACAAAAUGAUGGCCACGCAGCACGUCGUAGAUCAUGUUAAUGACCAGCAUCUACUUGUUCAGUCGAAACAUUUGCUGCAGUUGCACCACCAGCAGACUGCCAGUGAAGCGAGUAGUUCGAUACAACAGGGACGUUCACGUGCAGGAUCAUCUGCAGAGCAACGAGAAGACGACCGCAGAACCCGAGCCGAUGUUUUAGUACAAAACGCGGUACGCCGACGCCUGCUAGUGCAAACAAUCGCCGCACAGCAGGAACGAGAGCUGGGCCGACCUGAAGAUAAGAAUGGUGGUGACAAUAAAGGCAAAGGUUCUAGCGAUGAGGAUGAAGACGACCCGCAAAAGCACGCGCAGCAAGAGCUCGAGUCGAUUCGGACGGAGAUCGAGACGGAACUGUACCCCCGGGUUGUGACGCAACAGCGCGAGAUGGAGAAAGCGAUGGGUCGGAAUACGGAACUGUUGGAAGCGAUACGAAGCCGGAAAAGCCAGAAGAAUCAGAUGGAAACGCAAAUAGAACGCUUGAGACUCACGUUGGAACGUUUCUUUCGUGAACAAGUGGACGACGCAGUUAGAAGGAGACGAGAAAGAUGCGCGCUGUCGGGUGAAGCACGGCAAGCUGAAGAGGAGCAGAAAGCGGAGCAAUGGCGAUUGAAGAUGCUAGAGCUUCUUGCAGUUUCGUUGUUGGGGCAAGAGGCUAGGGUGCUCGUCUAUUCAAGUAGCGGUAAGCCUUGUUCGUCCGAACAACAUGGUAUUCGAGACAGCGUAGCUUCGACGUAUUUGUCUGACGGUAGUACCAACAUGAAAGCCGCAAGUCUCACCAGCGGCUCUGUAACUAUCGACGACGAGCUAUGGAAGAAAAAUAUGUACUCAUUCUCGGAAACGAGACUCAAAAAUUUUUCGCGUGUUGAGAUUUCGCCGCUUGGCUGGCCACUCACAACCGGCGCCGGGCGCAAUCCAUACUGCGAGGGGACAGGCGUGGCACGGGAAACCCAGGAGAGAGGUCAAACAAAGCCACCCAAACCGACACAAGCCAGCCCAAGAACAAGGGCGCCAGGCGCUCUCUUCCUGCGGCUCUGGCGCCACGCCAUCACCUUGCUGCCUUAGGGAGUCUCCCGCGCACACGCGCGGCGGGUGCCGGUGCCCAUGUGCGUCGCUGGUGACGAGGCACACGCCAGACAGCUCGUAGCGAUGCUAUGCCAAGAGAAACAAGGCCCACUCAUGGAGUAGCCAAGAGCCACGCAGACAGCACCUCUCCGAGGGCGGCGCACAGCGGUGACGCUGCGCGACCAUCUUGGGGACUUGGUGCGCGUGUGUUGUUGUACCUUCUCAAGAGGUUUGAAUUAAAUUGCAUACUUUUCUCAACGCUUGCGUCUGGGGUGUGUGUCAACCCCUCAGAUCCAGACGUUGAGAAGAUUGCCCAUUUUAAUUCAAAGAUAGCAGGAAUCUAGUGCGAGGAAGCUCCCGAGAGCGGUCCAGAUUUGGGAAGGCUCCAGCGCGUGCAAAUCUGGACAAGCUUCGCGAGCCUUUUCCCACUGGAUUCCGACUAUGUACGAAUUAAAGUGCAUCUUUUUCCCAACCUUUGAAUUCUGAGGGUCGGACACACCUGAGACGCGGACGUUGAGAAAAAGAUGCAAUUUAAUUCACCCCUCGAGCCUCUCCGGCACUAGAAUCCGCCACCUGGUCGGUGUGUGCUCCAGUCGGGCCCGAUACCCUUGGCGCAGCUCUUGGGCGAAUCUGUUGAAAGGCUCCGAGAGCUGACAGGCGGCGGCGGCUGCUGGCUCUCUGGCUGAGUGCCUUCACGGUCUGCAGCGCGGCGCCCACUCUUGCCCCCGUUUCGCCGGGUGUGGGUGCCUAUUUUGCGCUGCUUUGGUGGAUUGCUCCCAGGAGCCGCGUGCCGCUUCCUUGGCGCCAGAGUGCAGACGGCGGGUCCCUGGCGUCCGAUUCUUGGGCUGGUUUGUGCCGCUUUUGGUGGUUUUGGCUGGCUUUUCUUUGGGGUUCGCGCGCCACGUCUGUGCCCUUGCUAUAAUUACGGCGCUCGGCCCUCGUUGUGGCUUGCCAGCCAAGCGGUGAAUUCUCAACAUAAAAAAACUUUUUUAGUCUCGUUCUUGAGAAUGAGUACAGUUUUUCUCUCCAUACGAGCGACCUGGUAAACAAGCCAUAAAGAACGAAGGAGCCACAGGAGAAGAGCUUGAAGACGUAAUCUCGAAGAUAGUACAACCUGAAGUAAGAGCACUUCCCUCCAGUCUGCGGAGGAAUCCCCGAUAUCUGUUUCUGCAACGUCAACGUGAGCAGCAAGCCCUUUCCAGUGCUGAAAAAGAAGCACUCGCGACGACUCAGGAGGACGGACUACAUCUAGCGCUUUGCCUACAUGAUUUCAUGGCGACAGUUUGAAUUGAAGGCAGGCUCCUUUUUACUGAAGUAGAAGUCGAUUUAUCACUUGUCUUUAUGAAAACAGAAAUAAUGUUAUAGCUCUGACGGU